AAAAAGUAAAAGUAAAAAAAAAAAAAAAAAGACAAAGUCUUUCGAAGCCUUCUCCUCUCUCUGUAAUUCCAUUACGGAUUGGAGCCAUAAUUUUUUUUUCUCAUGGAUUCUGGAUAUUUCCUCGGAUUCUUUCUUCUUAUUUGCCUUAAUUUCUGUUUGGCUUCAGCUGAGAUUAAUGGAUCGGUGCUUCAAAUGAAAAGAGGAACUUCUUCAGUUCUAUUUGAUCCGACUCGUGUUACUCAACUCUCAUGGCACCCUAGAGCUUUUAUUUACAAAGGAUUUUUAUCGAGUAAGGAAUGUGAUCACCUUAUUAAUCUGGCUAAGGAUAAGUUAGAGAAGUCAAUGGUGGCAGAUAAUGAAUCAGGUGAAAGCAUUGAAAGUGAAGUUCGAACCAGCUCUGGCAUGUUUCUUCAGAAAGCUCAGGAUGAAGUAGUUGCUGAUGUUGAAGCCAGGAUUGCUGCAUGGACCUUCCUUCCUGUAGAGAAUGGGGAAUCCAUGCAAAUACUACACUAUGAGCAUGGUCAGAAGUAUGAGCCACAUUUCGAUUAUUUUCUUGACAAGGCUAACCAAGAGCUGGGUGGUCACCGUAUUGCCACUGUACUGAUGUAUUUGUCUGAUGUUGAUAGUGGUGGGGAAACUGUGUUUCCAAAUUCAGAGAGAAAACUUGCUCAGCCCAAGAACGAAAGCUGGUCAGAUUGUGCCAAAAAUGGAUAUGCAGUGAAACCCAGAAAAGGCGAUGCAUUAUUGUUCUUCAGUCUUCAUCUUGAUGCAACUAUUGAUUCCAACAGUUUGCAUGGAAGUUGCCCGGUAAUAAAGGGUGAGAAAUGGUCUGCAACAAAGUGGAUCCAUGUCAGGUCCUUUGAUAAACUGGAGAAGCGCUUUGCAAACGGGGACUGUGUUGAUGACAAUGAGAACUGCCCCAUCUGGGCUAAGGCUGGCGAGUGUGAAAAGAACCCUACUUACAUGGUGGGUUCUGACGAGUCUUACGGAUUCUGUAGGAAGAGUUGUAAGGGGUCUCUGGACUGCUGAAGAAAUUCCAAACACGGAAUUGGCAACUGGACCUUGGUUCCUAAGAAAGCAGACAACGAAGUGACCAUAACUUCAACAAAGUUGAACUUCAGGGUUUUGGAGCAUAUGAUGAUUACAGGUCUUCCACAAUGAAUCAGGUCAGCAUCCACACUGAUGCUUCAUCUUCUGCAAGUUCUUUUGUUGAUGCUAUCCUGGAUAGGGACAUUGAGAUACGUAUGUUCGCAAUUUCCUGAACUUUUAGAUAGUUCUUUUCAUUACUUAGUUCGAUUUUAAGUCUGAUGAUUUAGACAAGUAUGUGUUAUGGAACAAACUGUGAGAGCCUGUUGCUAAGUUUCUUCUAAUAUCUACUAUAUUCUGACUAAUAAUUUGUUUUUAAUGUACUUGUGUUGAAUAUAAUCGAUUCCUCCUG